CGUACAUUAAAUAGGCGAAUGAGGAGCUAAGCGGAUUCUGCACCUAGACAGUGCGGUGUUCCAUUGAUUCGUAUUGUACUGUCAUACAUAAAAAAGCAAUCUAUGGUGCGCUUACCAUAAUAUGUUAUUCCGUCGUUCUUGGAUACCGCAGAUCAGCGGUUCAUUCUGUCAAAAUGUGGGUUUUCUUCUUUCUAGAGAUGAUUGAGUGCGCGACGUUUCCCAAACGGCAACACUGUCUCUAGAGAGGACUGCAGCGCAGAUCGGAUUCUGCGGGCAUGUCUUACACGAAGUCGAGCUGUCGUGGUUGGAGUUUAUGGUCGAAAUUUAGUAUCGUGCUACUGAUUGUCUGUGCGAUUUGGAUGUACUUCACGAGAAAACCCGACCACGAUUACGAUAAACGGAUUUUUGAGCCGUUAUUGGUUCGUGACACGGAUCACGAAGAAUAUGUGACGACUGGCCUCGCAGUUAAAACUGAGCACUGUACUCACUGGAAAUGUGUGGAUGUAUAUAGGUGCGGAAGACUCGGAGAAAAGGUGACGGUCUAUAUUUACCCAAUCACAAGGUACGUGGACGAAGAUGGAGGGCAGGUGGUACCAGAGACGAGCGUGGAAUACAUGCGGAUGCUAGAUUGGCUGCGACGCUCUCCGUAUUUCGUAGCAGACCCACAGAUGGCUUGUCUAUUCGUUCCCAGUGUGGACACCCUUGGCGUGCAGCACGCGUUGGCACCGGAAGUGUUAGCUAAUCUAGCAUUCUGGGACGAAGGAACGAAUCAUCUCGUAUUCAAUCAACUACAAGCAACUCAACGGACGGGCUUUGCCAUGCAUGUGUCGGCAGCACUUUCUGAUCGAACUUUUCGGCCGGGUUUUGAUGUCGCAAUACCAAUGAUGCCCUACGUUACUGGAUACAGGAUCACUGAUAAUAAAGAAAAGCUUAGGUUUAGUCGAGCGUGGCAACUCGUAUUUUCUCGAUGGGCAGAGCUUCCGGAGUGGGCGGAAAAGGUUGUCCUGCAGCUAGCCAGAUCCUCGGCAGGAGUCAUACUCCUCGAACCGUGCACGAAACAUCGCGGAAAACGCUGCGUUUAUAGCAGCGGUCUGGCUCAACAACAACAACAACAGCAACAACAACAGCAGCAGCAGAAGAAACACAACAUCGUGGAGUAUCCGAAAGCGCUUGAAAAUGCCGACUUCUGUCUCAUACUGAGUGGGGUAGGCGUUGAGUCAGCGCUUGUAUUUACCGAGGCCGUUAGUGCGGGAUGCAUUCCCGUUCUUGUGCAUAAUGAAGAGCGAAUGAUUUUACCAUUUCCAGAACGAAUCGACUGGCUUGAAGUAACAGUUCACUUUAAUAUUAAACGAAAACCUGACAUCAUUAGCCAUUUAGAAAGUUUUAGCGCGGCUGAGAUUCGCUUUCGCCGAGAAAAAUUAGUCAGUAUCUAUGGCAAAUACAUGAGUUCACCAGUGACUAUCAUCUCGAAUGUUAUGGAUAUUCUAAAUGAUCGGAUUUUUGCCCAGCGUACUGCCGAUACCUAUGCGUUAGACCGUAUCUCACAGGUAUCGUUAAAACGAAGAGGUUUUUCUGCCGUCAUUCUCACCUACAAUCGGCCGGACUCAUUGAGAAAGCUCAUAUCUCUUCUACAAAGUGUUCCGUCACUUGUAAAAAUCAUCGUUGUGUGGAACAAUCCCAAUCUUGAUCCGCCGACACCAUUGGCAAAAUCCGUAAAGCCUGUUACAAUCAUUCGAUCUCGAGAGAACAAGCUCACGAACCGGUUUUACCCAUACAAAGAAAUUGAAACUGAGGCCGUCCUCUCGUUAGAUGACGAUAUUUUAAUGCUGACCCCAGAUGAGCUCGAAUUCGGUUUUCAAGUAUGGUGUGAAAACUCUAAUAAGAUUGUUGGGUUCCCAUCACGUUUACAUGUGUGGGACAAUCAGACAAAAAGGUGGCGAUAUGAAUCUGAGUGGCUUAAUGAUAUUAGUAUGGUAUUGACUGGUGCUGCUUUCUACCACGUUGAGUAUGGCCGACACUUUUUCAAAAUGCCGAAGUAUCUCCGAGACUAUGUGGAUUCCAAAUUCAAUUGUGAAGAUAUUCUGAUGAAUUUCCUUGUAGCGAACCUGACCAGCGGUGCACCUCCAGUGAAGGUGGCACCCCGCAAAAAAUUCAAACCCGAUACGGCGGCAACUGCCACGAAUUCGCUAUCAGCGAGCUUAGAUCAUAUGCAGGCACGGUCCGAAUGCAUUAAUGAAUUUGUCAAAGCGUUCGAUGGUAUGCCGCUUGGUAUAUCGCAGUGUCGGGCGGACCCGGUAUUGUUUAAAGACAAUCUUCCGCUGAGAUUGAAACGGUUUAAUCAGGUCGGUAUUCUCUAAUCCCUAUUCGACAUUGUAACUAUUGUAGGCAGUAGGAAGUUCAAAUACGUACCGUAUGCUUUUAAGUAAUACUAUUUAAAAACAUAGCCUUAUAUUUUCUAAUCUUGCGAAUUAAUGGUGGCUCUUGCAACCUGCGCGGCUUAUACGGCAUUUCGGUCGAGAUGACGUAAAAGAAGAAAGGUUUAGUUCUCUUUGAAUUAUCCAUAGAAUGUUGAUUAUAUUUUUAUAAUAAUGAAUGAUAAUUAGAUCGAAAACUAGGAAUGCUGAGGUAUCGCUGAAAUAUUUGUAGCACUUCCUGUUGAAGCACUGUAUGAGUUUGUGUUUGACGAAGUUUAGGCACAAAACCUUUGUAUGACGUUAAAGUUUCAGCAACAACAACAACAAUCAACCAAAGUGAACUUUUUUUAAGUUUUGAGUUUAAAAAAGCUAGAUAACUAUAAAGUUAGUCGCAUUUUUUCCACUGUAAAGCGCGAACAUAGUAUUAUCACCUACAGUCUUUCAUGCGUCUUUAUUCAGGGGGUUUCAACUGUCGUUAACUCUCGUCCGUACAUAAUUAGCACUGUGCCAUGGCUAAUACAAAAUACGGCAUUUUUAGUCUGAAAGAAGCAUAAAGAAGAUAAUGUCAAAACCUAAUUAAAUGUACAUAUUUGCUGUUAAUAAAUUUCAUUGUCAAAC